AUGAGCAGCCGUCCAGCAUUCUACAGCCGCCGCUCUUACAACGACUACGAGAACAUGGGUCCCCAACUCGAAGACUCCGAUACACAGGCUUUAGAGCCUACUCCCCGCCACAACACCAAACAAGCUUCUGUCGACCCGUUCCCGACUGAUGUGCAGAGGAUUCCUAUCAAUUCUGAAAGCCCUUUGCAUCAAGUGCGUCGCGCACCCUCAGACUCAUUCAGGAGUUUACGCUACGAUACCAAGAAGCGCUCCUACCGCUUUGACAAUCUUUCGGAUAUCGAGAGCGAAAGAAGUGCCGGGAGAGGUGCCAAUGGUCCGGGCUCUUUCUACAGGAAUGGACGGCCCUCUACUCCGGUCGAGGAGAUUUUGCGGUUGCCUUUGACUUGGUGGAUGAAUUCGACUGCCAAGAAUCGUGAGUUGCCUUUUUCGAUCUUCGAUGCUCGUGGCAUGAGUGCGAGGUUUGCUAACAGAAAGUCGAAGACNUUCGUAGCCAUGAUAGGCGAAUUCGUCGGUACGACCAUGUUCCUCUUCUUCGCCUUUGCCGGUACCCAAGUCGCCAAUAUUGGAGCUUCGUCCACUACUACCACCAAUGCCACCAAUGGAUUCUCGCCUCUUGUCCUUCUUUACACUGCUGUCUCCUUUGGCUUCUCUCUUAUGGUGAACGUCUGGAUCUUCUUCCGUAUUUCUGGCGGUCUGUUCAAUCCUGCAGUCACCCUCGCCAUGGUCAUGGUAAAGUCUCUGGAUUAUGUUCGUGGCAGUCUGCUUUUCCUAGCACAGAUUUCUGGCAGUCUUCUGGCGAGUGUGCUGGUCAGAGCGCUUUUUCCUACGCCACUCAAUGUUAGGACGACGUUGAGUGCAGACACCAGCAAAGCCCGCGGUGUCUUUAUCGAAGCAAUUCUCACUGCUGAACUUGUCUUUACGAUCUUCAUGCUCGCAAAGGAGAAGCAUCGUGCUACCUACAUGGCUCCAGUCGGCAUCGGUCUUUCCCUCUUCAUUGCUGAGUUGGUCGGUGUCUUCUAUACUGGCGGUUCUCUCAAUCCCGCAAGAAGCUUCGGUCCUUGUGCUGUUACUGGAGUGUGGGAUAAUGAGCAUUGGGUCUAUUGGUUGGGACCUGCACUGGGUGCUCUCAUUGCAGUGGUGUUCUACAAGUUUAUCAAGAUCUUGGAGUAUGAGAUCGCGAACCCGGGACAGGAUGCUACGAGUGAGGAUGUUUCGCCGCCGCUGAGUAGGGAUGGAGCGUGGAGGAAGAAGGAUGAGGAGGCUUGA